AUGACAUUGAAGAUCUUGCAGGCCAACUGCCGUAAGUCGAAUGACACGGUAGCGAAGCAUCUCUUCGGUGAGGAAGGGGUGCGGAAGUGCGAUAUCCUGGCGAUUCAAGAGCCAGAGAUAUUCCACUGGAUGGAGCCCGAGAUGGGCGUUCAUUCGCAGACCCUAGGUGGCCGGUUCCACACACUUCUACGGCCUACACCCACGGCGUCUCGCGAGGAAGCAUACAAAACGCAGCCGCGCGUGUGCUUCUUCGUCUCAAAGACCAUUGAUCCAAAGACCUGGUCCGUCAAACACCACAGUCGAGACGUUAGUACGCUAACGCUUGACUUGGGUGCGGUGGGCAAGUUACAUGUCCACAAUAUAUAUCUUCGCGGGAAGUUUGGCAAUGAUGCCGCACUGGCUCGGGAAGCCAAGCAGGGGCUGGCCACGCUGCGCACCGCACUGGGUGCAUGCGCGGUGGGUCAGCAUGUGGUUGUGGGAGACUUCAACCUGCACCACCCCCUGUGGUCCACCAUCGCGCAAGCGCAGAUCGCCGACGAUGACGCCGAUGACCUCAUCCGCAUGAUGGGGGACUUUGGCCUCGAUCUCCUGACAGAGUGCGGGGCGGUGACGUUCGAAGGUCCUGUGUUUGGCCACGAUGUGCAAAGCACGCUGGAUUUGACGUGGGCUGCGGCCUCGCUGGCAGAUCGUGUGGUGCGCUGUACGCCGUGCCGAGACUGGUGGUACGCUGCGGACCACGUCCCUGUGCUCACUGAAUUUGAUCUGCGGGCCUCUCGUGCAGAGACUCGCGAGCGGCAGGACUGGCGGGCGACAGAUUGGGAGGCCUGGCGGAAGGCCUUCCAGUCCCAUGUCAAGCAGUGGAACUUGAAGGAUCCCAGCUGGACGCUGGAUUCUACUGCAAAGAUUGACGCCGCAGUGGCGCUGGUGAUGGACGCGGUGCGCACGACGUCAUCUGAGGACACAGUGCCGGUGCGCUCAGUCUGCCCGGGCCGCUCAUAUCCCACCUACUCGGCCGCGCUGGCCCCAGUCCGGCAGGACGUGCGGCGUGCGCGCCGGCGUUGGCAGCAGUCCCGCAAUGAGGAAGAUCAUGAGGCCUUCCGUGUGCUGCGGCACAAAUUGGGCCGGGAAAGCAAGAAACAGGGCCGGCAGGCCCACAGAGACCGCGUGGAAGAGGCCACGGCGUCGAUUGAUGGCUUCUGGCGCUUGGCCAAGUAG